UCUGAAUAACAAAAUUUUAAUUUAAUGCAAGAAUUUCAAACAUAUUGGUUAAAUAUAAGAUGAAAAAAAGAAGAUUCCACACAAUAGCCAAUCGAGAAAUAUGAAUUCAAUUUAAAAUUUACGUUGAUGAAGCAUUUUUAGCCAAGCCAAAUGCGGGCAUGAACUAACUUUCAUGCUGUAAAUUAAAUAGUUCCUCCAACUUUUAUUUUGCAGAAAAUCACAAAUAAAACAGAAGUGAAUUAUAAAAUAAUCUUUAUUAAAGAAAUUAAGAUAAAAUUAAAUUAAUGUGAAUAAACAAGUGAAAAGAGCGAAGCGAAGUGAAAUAUUGUAUAGAACAGUGUGGAUAUUUUUUUCGUGAACUAUUACGAAAAAUGUUCACAUUCUCACCAAUUUUAAACCAAUUCCUUGCAAUUAUUUUUUGUAAUUUAUUGACAUUAUCAUAUGGUUUAGCUAGUGGUUGGGCAACAAUCAAUUUCAAUGAGCUUCAAAGUAAAAAUUCAACAUUUCCAACUGGUGCUUUGACAUUGAAAGAAGGAUCUUUUGUGAUUUCACUCGCCAAUGUUGGUGGAUUCGUUGGAACUUUCGCUUUUUUACCAAUCAGUAAAUGUUUUGGAAUAACACGAACAAUUCAUCUGUUUGGACUACCUUUAAUUUUAAGUUCACUACUGAUAAUAUACGCAACAAAUGUGAUUUAUUUAUAUGCAUCGAGACUUUUGAUCGGCCUGGUUGGGGGUGCUUUAUCAGUCGGCAUUCCAACGCUAGUAAAUCAUAUAUCCUACGACAAUACUAGGGGUUGCCUGAACUCUAUUCUGGACCCCGCAAACAAUGUUGGACUUAUUAUUUCAUUUUUCACCGGAAAUUAUUUGUGUUGCGUUGAUCAAGCAAAAACACUGAUGAUCGGACCGAUCAUCUUCAUCAGCAUUAUGUUUUUACUACCAGAAUCUCCGGAAUAUUUAUCUAAAAGAAAUAAACAAAAGGAAGCCACCAAGGCUCGCAAAUUUUACCGAGGUAACAUUUCAGAGACGAAAAUUCUUGAGAACGCCGAAUUUCAUCAAAAAUCAUCACUAUGUGAAAUUGAAAAAGGAAAACCAGAUGAUAAAAGUGAAAAAUUAUCGGUCAAAGAUUUCUUCACUCCACAAGCAAGUCGAGCCAUUUUCAUUUCCUUCACUACCGUCAUAUUAAGCUUUGCAUCCGGACCGGUGGUUAUUUUAAGCUAUGUAACAGACAUAUUCAAAAAAACCGGAUCAUCAUUCACAACUAAAAAUUCAUCGCUCUUAGUUUCGAUCACACAAAUUAUAGCCAAUUUGAUAUUUCUAUACAUUGUUGAACGGAUCAAUCGAAGGACACUUUUGAUUGGUUCAUCACUACUAACUACAGCCAGUUUCUUAUUGUUUGGUACAUAUUGUUUAUUGUGGAUCGAUCGCCCCGAAUACGAUUGGAUGCCUCUGUUCUGCUUUGUAUGCAUAACAUACUUCAGCUGGAUGGGACAAAAUCCAAUACCUUUUAUUAUUACAUUUGAAAUAUUCCCGAAAAAAAUUCGUCAAACGUGCCUUUCACUUUCAGUUUCGUUGAUCUGGGUGAUUCAAUUUGUCCUUGUAUCAAUAUUCCCGUCGUUUCUUGAAACAUUCGGUCUAUUUAAUACCAUGAUCACAUUUGGUGCUAUCAGCUUAUUAAAUGCAGUUUAUGGAUACGUUUUCGUUCCGGAAACAAGAGGGAAGUCCUAUUGUGAGAUUAUGGAAAUCUUAAGUGAUAAUGAAUAAGUUGGAAUGAUUUUAGUUGUAGAUGGUGUUACUUUUACUCAUUUGU